AUGGCCACCAACAUCACCUUCCACGCACCCGCCCUGACCAAGACCGAGCGCAGCACCCUGCGCAACCAGCAGGGUCUGACGAUCUGGCUGACCGGUCUCUCCGCCUCUGGCAAGUCCACUAUUGCCGUCGAACUCGAGCGCCAGCUGCUGCACGACCGCGGCGUGCACGCCUACCGUCUGGACGGCGACAACAUCCGCUUCGGCCUGAACAAGGACCUUGGCUUCAGCGAAGCCGACCGCAACGAGAACAUCCGCCGCAUCGCAGAGGUCGCCAAGCUGUUCGCCGACUCGUGCUCCAUCGCCAUUACCUCGUUCAUCUCGCCAUACCGCAAGGACCGCGACACUGCCCGCAAGCUGCACGAGAUCCCCCCUCCCGGCGAGAACACCGGUCUCCCCUUCGUUGAGGUGCACGUUGAUGUCCCCGUUGAGGUUGCCGAGCAGCGUGACCCUAAGGGUCUGUACAAGAAGGCUCGUGAGGGUAUUAUCAAGGAGUUCACCGGUAUCUCGGCUCCCUACGAGGCGCCUGAGAAGCCCGAGGUCUACCUUAAGAACGUGGAUCUGCCUAUCAAGGAUGCCGUUAAGCAGAUUAUUGCUUACCUUGACUCCCAGGGCUACCUGCCUGCUAAGAAGGAGUAA